AAAAACACAUGGUUUUCUUCAGUACGUGUGCUUGUGUUAACUAUUUUUCUAAAGCUUUGGCUAAGUUUAUUCCCAGUGUAACUAUGAUGGCUCUUCAUGGACAGAUGAAAUCCAACAGACACAAAAUAUUUGACAAGUUUAGAAAACUAGAAAGUGGUGUUCUUGUCUGUACUGAUGUAAUGGCAAGAGGGGUUGAUAUCCCAGAAGUCAACUGGGUCAUACAAUAUGACCCUCCAAGCAGUGCAAAUGCCUUUGUACAUAGAUGUGGAAGAACAGCCAGGAUAGGAAAUGAAGGAAAUGCUGUUGUUUUUCUCCUUCCUCAAGAAGACUCGUAUGUUGAAUUUAUAUCAAUAAAUCAAAAGGUACCCCUAAAGAAACUUGAAUUCAAUACAGAUUUCCCUAACCUUAUACCAAAGCUUAAGAGGUUGGCUACAAAAGAUAGGGAUUUAUUUGAAAAGGGAACCAAAGCAUUUGUUUCUUUUGUUCAGUCAUAUAGAAAACAUGAGUGUAGUUUGAUCUUCAGAUUCAAAGAUUUAGAUCUUGGACGAUUAGCAGAAGGAUUUGGGCUUCUAAGAUUACCCAAAAUGCCAGAACUAAAAGAUGUCUCAAUCGAAGGCUUCACCGCUACAGAUAUAGACUUUGACCAAAUUCCGUAUCUUGAAAAAAUUCGGGAACGACAACGACAAACAAAGUUAGAGUCCCUGAAAGAUGGGGAUCCAAAAACUAAACAAAAUAGAAAACGAAAAUUAGGGAAUGAAUCUUCAUGGUCUAAGAAUAAAGAGAGGAGUAUUAGAAGAGCAAAGAGGAAGGCAAGACAAGAAUUCAAAAAGAAGCAGAAGCACAAGUUUGAUGAGAAUGAUCUUGAUGAAUUAGCUGCAGAAGCACGCUUAGUUAAGAAGCUCAAAACAGGGAAAAUAAGUAAAGAAGACUUUAAUGAUCAGUUCAUAGGGUCAGAGGAGAAAACAGAUACCACUUGAAAAUAUUUUACUUUAAGAUUGUAAAUAAAUUAAGUCCAUUUGGUGUUGAGUUUCUUGUCCAAAAUUUAUGGGAAGGUGGUCAAGGCACGGUUACAGGGACAGCAAUGUUCACUAUGCAAACAAGAUGGCCUACAGGCAUUUUAGUAGUGCAAUAGUACCCAGAAGUCUUCAUGGCACCACCCACUAGUCCUUUGCAUGCAUAUAAUGAUCCAAGUGCAGUACAMUGUAAAUAGUCUUGUCAGUAAACUUUGCCAGGUAAGAUAGGAAAGCAUAGGUCUACUUUAUUACAGCAAUUAAAUCCUUCUGCACUUGGGUGUGUGAAUUACACAAGAAAAUGUUCUAGCCAAAGCAUUAGUGCAUAAUUCCAUUCCAAUUAGGCAAUCUAGUUGCCCGAAGUAUCUAUCAAUAGGAAAUUUGGCGAGGAAAUAAACAUGAAUACACAAGAGUGAACAGUUGUACUCAUUUGUACAAUUUUGUUAGUUAACUUUUUCAGGAAUAUAUUCUCUACACAAAUGAUGCAAGUUGCAUAUAACUACUAAUACUUUGCUGUUUUUUCUUUGUUGUGAAGUGACACUAGAAGUAGAAUUGCCAAGUUGUACAACUUUGCUGGUGCUGCGUAAAUGUUUUUGUUACUUUUGCUAACCAAUACAAUAUAGAACUAGAGAAUUCCUAUGAAACCCUAGCAGCAAUUUCAAAAGCUGGACUAUAUAAUAAAAUUCUUUAUCAUGUUUUCUCAAGGCUCUAAAUAGAUAUCUUUGGCUUGGUGUAAUGCUUUCCUAUUUCAGGCCAAGUGUCAUUCCCUUGAGAAUAAGAUUCUUUGUUUGAGUUGUAUCCAUAUUCAUGUCUCUUCUCAUUUGCAACCAAGUGCAAACCUUAAACAAAGAAAUGGUACUCUAGGGAAUGACGUCUGAAAUGGGAAAACAUUACGUCAGAGCCAAAGAGGUCUAUUGAGCUGCAUUGAGAACAAGGGUUAGUUUUAUAUCAAGAGUCAUUUGAAACAAAUAAAGAACAAGCAAGAUUA